AGGGGAGAGCUCUUAGCUUCACCAGACACUUGGAGACCACUCCAGGGAGGCCUGCGCCAGACUGCCCGAGAUGAAGCUCAUCACCAUGGCCCUGGUGUGCCUGCUGCUGGCCGGGAUGUGGCUGCCGGACGUGGACAGCAAGAGCAUGCACGUGUCAUCCUCCAAUUGUUGCUUUAUAUUUGUGAAGAAAAAGAUUUCCCAGCAGAAAAUCCAGUGUUACAGAGACACCAGCUCUACCUGCUCCUACAAAGACGGUGUUAUAUUCAAGAUGAAGGGAGGCAGAAAGAGCUGUGUCUUGAAGACAGACUCAUGGGUUAAGGAUUAUUUAAAAAGUAUGAAACGCUGCCCAUCAAAGGAAGUAUGAGAGGAUUCCUUUCCAUCCUGGACUCGGAGACCACGUGGCUUCCCCUGUCUCCCACCCCCAACCCUACACCAGUCCUUCUUCCCCAUCUUUGUUGGGUCAUGGAGGAUCUGCGGGUCCUGAUAAGCUAUGUUGUCGCACUUUAUGCAUUUAAAUUCUAGAAUUUUCAACUCCUGCUCCCUUGUGCCUCUUGGACCCCACAGGGAUUUCAGGGUACAAACUUGAUUGGAUUGAGGGGCUGGGGGCUGGGGC